GCUUGAAAUAGAUGGAAGGCCAUACUGUCUCCUUACAGCAUUGAUGUGUAGCUCGGCCCUUCCACCUCUUGCUGCUACUCAUUUAACACCAAAACCAGAGUUAGAACAAAGCACCAAGAACAAAGCACAAAGAAGAAAGAGGGGGAGAGAGUAACCUUAAUAGUGGGAGCAAAAGAAGUAGGAGGCAAGAAGCCAGCAAGAAGCUCCGUCGGCGAAAUCGAUGAGAAAGCUUGCUGCCAUGAUGAGAUGCUCUCAUUGUUGUUAUUACUGUUAUUGUUGUUGUUGUUGUUCAUAUGGUUCUCUCCUCCUCCUCCAAUGUUGUUACAAGGAUCCCCAACAUUUGCAUUCCCUUGUGACAGUGCUUCAAAUAUCGAGGUGGAUGACUGGUUGCUGGCCAAAC